AAUUUUUGCUAGCUUUUCCUUCUUAUUUACGGAGUUGCCAAACAACCCUUCCCUUGGAAGUCAAAAGUCAACUAAUCCUCAGAGCUCAGCCCGUCAGCUUUGGCCAUCAGCGCAGUAGUCUGUUUUUCUUCUUUCUUUCUCUUGGCGGAGAUCUGAAUACUGGUGCAAAACCCCUCGUGCCCAAUCUCUCCAGGAUUCGAAUUCUUUGUUGACCGAAUAGAUUGUCUUUCUUUUCCUAGAAUCUUCAAAUGGCGGUACCGCGGGUGCGGUUCCCGAUCUUUCCGGUGGUGAGAGUAAUCGGAAUUGUUGUCGCCGUACUGGUUUUAGUAUGGACCGUGCAUUACAGGGGCGGAUUGGCUCUAAUAUCAGAGAAUAAAGAUCUCAUUUUUAACGUUCAUCCUGUACUAAUGGUGGUUGGCCUUGUCGUCCUGAAUGGCGAAGCAAUGCUAGCAUACAAGAGCGUGUCAGGAACAAAAAGCUUCAAAAAAUUAGUUCACCUUUCCCUGCAAUUCCUGGCUUUCUGUUUGAGCAUCAUCGGACUAUGGGCUGCGUGGAAGUUUCACAUUGACAAAGGAAUUGAUAACUUCUAUAGUCUCCACUCAUGGCUGGGCGUAGCCUGUCUUUUCUUGUUUGGACUUCAGUGGGCUGCUGGAUUUGUGACCUUUUGGUAUCCUGGUGGAUCAAGAAAUAGUCGAGCAAGCCUGUUGCCGUGGCAUGUGUUUGUUGGCAUUUACAUUUAUGCUCUAGCUGUAGCCACCUGCACUACUGGUUUUCUAGAGAAGGCAACAUUUCUCCAAACAAAUAAAGUAAUAUCUCGUUACUCAAUGGAGGCGUUGCUGGUGAAUUCGUUGGGGAUCUUGAUUGUUGUUUUGGCUGGUUUCGUGAUUCUUGGGGUUGUUUCACCCGUGUAUGGAAAAGGAGAUGUUCCAAGAGGAAUAGCUGAAUAGUGUCCUGAAAGUCAAUUGGAACCGGAAUCAAGAUUUCUCAAAGUUCCUGCAGUUUGUUUCUGAGAGUUGGGAUUUGGAGGGAAUAGGAUUAAAAAGACAGAAAAUGAUGAAUAUUUUCUAUUUUAUAGCAUCAAAGAAAUGCAAAUGGCCAAGCAUUAUUUGCCAUUGAGUCGGCAAUUUUUCUUCUUUUCAUCUGGAUACAACAAUUUUUUAAUUUUGGUCUGCCUUUGGGAUUUAUGAACUGAUUUAUUGAUUUUAUUGCAUCUAAUGGAGGUUUUAGGAAGCUUCAAAUAUAGUUACCGUAA